AUUAUCUUAGUCUGUGGUUUCGGCCAUUUUGUUGGCUUCGCAAUUUUUACUUAUUAUUGUUUUUACAUUAUAAUUUGUAAUUUGAGGGAAUAGGAACUCGUCUAUCUGGUAUUUUUAUAUAUCGUUGCUCGUUGGUUUCAAGUCACACCGAAGUUUCAAGUCACCCAGAUUGACGGUACUUUGUUGUCUGUGAUUAAACAUUUAAACAAUUACAGAAUCUAUCUAUUCUGAUUCAGUGCUAUAAUUAAAUCGAUGAUAAUAUUAAGAUUUAUAAUUACAAUUUACUAUUCUAAGAUCCAGAGAAUUUAAGAAGAUCUUCUCUACAUAGUGUUUUUUCUAGACCAAUUAGAAGAAUAUACAGAUUCAGAUCUGUGCAGACGCUUACCUGCUGAAAUUAAUUAAUAACUAGAUUAUUUAAAUAAGAGUUUGUUUGUAGCCCAAAUGGAUAAUUCUAAAAAAGAUGAAAAAGAAUUAACAAUGGAAAAUCCCGACGAUGGCGAUUGUGAUUGCGAUGAUGAUGAUUGUGUGGGUUGCUUUUGGCCAUGUGAAACGUGCACGUCAAACAAAUGUGGACACCAAUGCCGUAUCAAUCGUGGGUGGAAGAAGUAUGAAGUAUGGGAAAGACAAGGAAGAAGUAAAAAAUAAUUGUAUCUUAAUUAUAUUGUGAACAUUGGAAAUAAUAUAACUAAAUACAAUAUGAUUUUACGAUAA